GGAUAUUUAAACCUACCUCUGGAACAGUCUUAAUUAAUGGGAAAAGUAUUGUAACAGAAACAUCAGAAGCUCGAAAAAAUCUUGGACUUUGUCCUCAGUUUAAUAUAUUUUGCAGCUCUCUCAAUGUAGAAGAAAAUUUGAAAUUUUUUGCAGGUCUUAGGAAUACAACAGAUGUAAAAUCAAAUAUAAAUGAAAUAUUAGAUCUUCUUCAGUUGCAAGAAGUGAGAAAUGUUACAAUAGAAAAUCUGUCGGAUGGAAUGAAGCGUAAAUUAUCUAUUGCUAUUGCAGUUGUUGGAGGUUCAAAGUUAUUAGUAUUAGACGAACCAACUUCUGGAAUGGAUCCACAGUCUAGACGGGUAAUUUGGGAGACAAUUUUGAAGUUGCGUAAAGGACGUACCAUACUUUUAACCACUCAUCAUAUGGAAGAAGCCGAUGCACUUGGUGAUCGCAUAGCAAUUAUGACAGAAGGAUCUAUUAAAUGUUUUGGAUCCUCUGUAUUUUUAAAAAAAAAAUUUGGAACUGGCUAUCAUCUUCAUGUUACAAAAUCUGAUAUUUGUCAGAUUGAUGAGAUUACUAAAAGAAUUAAAAUUCAUAUACCAGAGGCAAAUAUGGUCAGCAAUUUUAAUCAGGAAUUGAUUUAUUCUCUCU